CGUUCGCAGCCUACUUCACAGCUAGUCGACGGUACGGCAUCAUGGCGUUCGGUUAGGACUGCGCCCGCUCGUACGCAUCUACCGAUUGACGGAAAAUUCCCCGUGAUGAUACACGAUCACGCGUCGUGAAUUAACAUUGCGGAUCCGAUCGGGCAACCGGACGGUGAUCUUUCAUCGCACGACGACGUUCGGACGCGAAUGACACGAUGGUGAAGUUAACCGAGGAGAUGGUCGUGGCUCGCACACGGGUGUCCGACUUCUCCGCCGUGACGAAACUCAAUUGCUGGGGAACUGAAUUAACGGAUGUCAGCAUUUUAAGGAAGAUGAAGAAUGUAGAAGUACUGUCAUUGAGCAUAAAUAACAUUAAUACCCUUGCCGAUUUUCAAUAUUGUCACAAGCUCCAGGAUUUAUUCAUAAGGCGUAAUAAUAUCAAGGAUUUAAAUGAAGUUUGCUACCUUCAAGGAUUACCCAAUUUACGGAAUUUGUGGCUGGGUGAAAAUCCAUGCGCAGAGAAAGAAGGAUAUCGAUUAGCUGUGCUUCGAGCUUUGCCAAAUCUUCAGAAACUUGACGAUAAGGUAGUAACACCUGAAGAAAUACAAGCUGCAAUGACAAUAGGCCGGCCUUUAAUACAUCCCCUUGAGAUGGACGCUUCUCCACAGUCGGAUGCAGUAACUCCAGAGGAUAUUGCAAUUGAAUACAUUGAAGAAACUGAAACGGAACGCCCUAGGAGAUACAGUUCUUCUAGUGAUCAGAGAAGUUUUGACGAAACCCAACACACACACGAAGAAUAUGACCCUGAUAGAAGAAACGCAAAUUACAGUGCAUCAUCGUCUCAUCACUAUUCACAAAAUAAUCAAUAUGCGUACGAGCUACAAAAUGGACAAUCAAAGAAUCAGAGCAAAGACGACGCUAUGCGUACCGAGUCGCGCAGCAACAAUGAGACUACGGCCACUAACUCUCUUGAAAUGUCCAAGGAUUACGAUGAUCGGCCGGUAGUGCAGCGGCACAAUGGAGAUUACGAUGAGAGGCGGGCUUAUUCGGAAUACGGCGGAAAUGAGGUGUCUCAGCGUAUGUAUACGCCAACGUCGCAACGUGCACAGUAUGCUGUCAAUGAACCCGCGGACGACAGGCGUAAUGACAGAAAUAGUUACAAUUACGACGAGAGAACAAGAUUGGAGUAUGAGGACUCGCCGCAACCUCAGACACUUCAAGCAAGGAGAAUGCCUGUUCACAAUGAGAAGCUGGAAAGGGAAGACGCAAGCCAAGUGCCAAGUUUUUCAUUCUCACAGAUUUAAUUGUACUUACAAUAUUAUUAUAAUGUAAAAUAUUAUAGUUUUUUUUUUAUUUAAGUGCCAGAAUUAGCGCGAAAAAAUUGCAUGGUUGCAGGAAGACGCAAGCCAAGUGCCAAGUUUUUCAUUCUCACAGAUUUAAUUGUACUUACAAUAUUAUUAUAAUGUAAAAUAUUAUAGUUUUUUUUUUUAUUUAAGUGCCAGAAUUAGCGCGAAAAAAUUGCAUGUUUGCAGGAAGACGCAAGCCAAGUGCCAAGUUUUUCAUUCUCACAGAUUUAAUUGUACUUACAAUAUUAUUAUAAUAUAAAAUAUUAUAGUUUUUUUUAAUUUAAGUGCCAGAAUUAGCGCGAAAAAAUUGCAUGUUUGCAGGAAGACGCAAGCCAAGUGCCAAGUUUGUCAUUCUCACAGAUUUAAUUGUACUUACAAUAUUAUUAUAAUGUAAAAUAUUAUAGUUUUUUUUUUAUUUAAGUGCCAGAAUUAGCGCGAAAAAAUUGCAUGGUUGCAGGAAGACGCAAGCCAAGUGCCAAGUUUUUCAUUCUCACAGAUUUAAUUGUACUUACAAUAUUAUUAUAAUAUAAAAUAUUAUAGUUUUUUUUUUAUUUAAGUGCCAGAAUUAGCGCGAAAAAAUUGCAUGUUUGCAGGAAGACGCAAGCCAAGUGCCAAGUUUUUCAUUCUCACAGAUUUAAUUGUACUUACAAUAUUAUUAUAAUGUAAAAUAUUAUAGUUUUUUUUUUAUUUAAGUGCCAGAAUUAGCGCGAAAAAAUUGCAUGUUUGCAGGAAGACGCAAGCCAAGUGCCAAGUUUGUCAUUCUCACAGAUUUAAUUGUACUUACAAUAUUAUUAUAAUGUAAAAUAUUAUAGUUUUUUUUUUAUUUAAGUGCCAGAAUUAGCGCGAAAAAAUUGCAUGGUUGCAGGAAGACGCAAGCCAAGUGCCAAGUUUUUCAUUCUCACAGAUUUAAUUGUACUUACAAUAUUAUUAUAAUGUAAAAUAUUAUAGUUUUUUUUUUAUUUAAGUGCCAGAAUUAGCGCGAAAAAAUUGCAUGUUUGCAGGAAGACGCAAGCCAAGUGCCAAGUUUUUCAUUCUCACAGAUUUAAUUGUACUUACAAUAUUAUUAUAAUAUAAAAUAUUAUAGUUUUUUUUAAUUUAAGUGCCAGAAUUAGCGCGAAAAAAUUGCAUGUUUGCAGGAAGACGCAAGCCAAGUGCCAAGUUUUUCAUUCUCACAGAUUUAAUUGUACUUACAAUAUUAUUAUAAUAUAAAAUAUUAUAGUUUUUUUUUUAUUUAAGUGCCAGAAUUAGCGCGAAAAAAUUGCAUGUUUGCAGGAAGACGCAAGCCAAGUGCCAAGUUUUUCAUUCUCACAGAUUUAAUUGUACUUACAAUAUUAUUAUAAUGUAAAAUAUUAUAGUUUUUUUUUUAUUUAAGUGCCAGAAUUAGCGCGAAAAAAUUGCAUGUUUGCAGGAAGACGCAAGCCAAGUGCCAAGUUUUUCAUUCUCACAGAUUUAAUUGUACUUACAAUAUUAUUAUAAUGUAAAAUAUUAUAGUUUUUUUUUUAUUUAAGUGCCAGAAUUAGCGCGAAAAAAUUGCAUGUUUGCAGGAAGACGCAAGCCAAGUGCCAAGUUUUUCAUUCUCACAGAUUUAAUUGUACUUACAAUAUUAUUAUAAUGUAAAAUAUUAUAGUUUUUUUUUUAUUUAAGUGCCAGAAUUAGCGCGAAAAAAUUGCAUGU